GCACCGACGUCACCUCGGCCACGGCAAAGGAACCUACGACGACGACAACAACCAGCUGCUGUAUAAUAUUCAAUCUCAGCUCACCAGUCCCCGCGGAAACGAAAGCGGUCAUUCACCACCACCACCGCCUUGAGCAGCAAAGUCGCAAGUCGCACAUCGUCUUACCCACGCACGCACGCACGCACUCGUCGUGUGAUCACAAGGCGCACAUACAGCUUUGCACUCUUGCGCAUUUGUCCGUCCUCGCCGCCGCCGCCGCCAUACAGAGGCCCGAGCACUAGCACGCCCACGACCACUACACACGCCCACGAUCGUGCCAUCGACAACGACUUUGACGACGUCUUGCUUCCUUCCUUCCCAUCCCUCACCACUAUGAACCCGCAGCAACGGAUCCAGCGCCAGCUCGAGGACGUCCUCAAGCUUCCCGGCAAUGACCGCUGCGCCGACUGCCAUGCUAGCUCGCCCCGCUGGGCGUCAGUCAACCUGGGCAUCUUCCUCUGCGUGACCUGCGCCAGCGUGCACCGCAAGAUGGGCACGCACCGGUCGCGCGUGAAAUCCGUCACGCUCGACGAGUGGACCCGCGAGCAGGUGCAGGGCAUGAAAGACAUGGGCAACAUCAAGAGCAACGCAGUGUACAACCCCGACCAGCGCAAGCACCGCCCGCCGCCCAACACGAGCUCGGACGAGCGCGACUCCGAGCUGUCAAAGUACAUUCGGCGCAAGUACGAGCUGCGCGCGUUUGCCGCGGCCGCCGCGCCAGAGCUGGCAACGAGCAACGCCGUCACGAGCAGGAGCAUGGCGCGCGACGCGCGCAAGGGACACCCCGAGUUUGCGAGCGUGCUCCAGAACCACCGCGCCGCGCCGCCGCCGCCGCCGGCAGCUUCAGCCGGCGCCUUCUCAGUCCCCACGAGCCCGGCGCGCCCGCGCCCCACGCGCUCAGCGACCGGGCCGGCAUGGAGCGCCCUCGAGCCCAAGGCCGUCAGCCCCGCGUCGACGGGCUCGUCGCCGCGCUCCAACCUCGCGGCGCCGCUCAACGCCGUGCCCCCCCGCUCUAAUUCAAUCUCGGCAGUCAGCACGGCCGGCAAGCUCGCCGUAUCGCCGAGCUUCACGGCUGCGCGGCUGCCCUCGCCCACGCCCAAGCCCAACCUCCUGGUUGAUAUCGAGGGCUCGACGUCGUCCACCCGCCCGCUGCAGGUCAACGCCUUCCCCACAGUGCCGGCGUGGCAGCCGCAGCAGCAGCAGGUCGUGCAGCAGCAGCAGGUCGCGCCACAGCAGCUCCCGCAGCAGCAGUUCGCCCAGCCCACCCUGCUUGGCCAGCAGGCCUUUGCGUCCCCCAUGGCCGCGCCGACGACCAACCCCUUCUUCGCAAACUACGUCCCGCAGCAGCAGCAGAUGCAGUCGCCCGUGCUGCAGACACCGGUCGGAUACCCCAUGCAGCAGAGCCCGGGUGUCUACUCGCCCGGCCUCGCGUUCCCCCAGUUCCCGCAGCAGCAGCAGGUACAGAUGGGACCCAUGGGCGUCCCCGUCUAUGCCCAGCAGCAAGCAUACCCCCAGUUUGGACAGUAUGGCACCUAUCCCGUCCACAUGUAG